AUGGAACAAACUACCCAAACCCGCUCAUGGUCUGGCUCUUUCACCCUGACGUCUCAUCCCAACCUACAUGGGGGCUAUCAAAACGUGUUUGUCACGACUGCUAACACGGACAUGAGUGCGCAUACCGAACUCUGGCCUCCCCAUCUUAACGUCUAUACCCCUCGGCGGCCAGUCUCCCGCGCUGAGAUCGCAAACUGGGUUCGACGCCACUCGCCUCCCGUCUGCGUGUUCAUGGCCAAUAAGCAUCCCGAUCCUGCGGUCAACAGUCAAAACCAGGCCUGUUUCUCAUCCUUCGUCCACUAUCUCCUCGGGAACAACUUCGUUGCUUACGCUCCUUGGGCAAGUCCCGAAAGGCUCCCCGGCGCUGGCAUCGUAUUGUACCCCAGCGAUUCAACAGGGGAUUCCCUGCUACUUGGGGCAAUAUUCACAUCCACACCUUUUCCGGAUUUCCUCCCUCCCGUGCACUCAUCCGGUCCUGGCGCGGGACAUGCGCAGUCGGCCUAUGCUCCUACCACAUCUUCGGCGGGGUAUUAUGGUGUCUAA